AAAGCAUGACUUCCAAAUUAGAUUGCAUACCCCAUUGCUUGGAGACAGAUUCUGCAGUGUUUUCCAAGCCUACUGCGUCGGAACCUGCGUCUUCUAGAAUGGCUCCAGCAGCAAAUUUUGUCUUGUCAACUGGCACACGAGGAACCUCGGGCGAAUUCAGGAAUGCAGGGAGACCAGUCCAGAACAUCUCUUCACCUUUUUUACUAAACUGGAACGAAUGGAAACACCCAAAGUAUGCCAAUUUUGCCGAACGUUAUGCCAGCUUUAGAGAUUGGCCAAAGUUCCUCAAAGGUCCCAACAAGAAGGACUUGGCUAGAGCUGGUUUCAUCUACACCGAAAUUGGAGACAGAGUCACCUGUUUUUCGUGUGGAGUGUCUGUCAAGGACUGGGAACCCUUUGAUGAUUCCUACAAAGAACAUAUCCGUUGGUCAAAGAAUUGUGUUUAUGCUAACAUGGUGACAGACGGAAAAGACUACUGAGUUCAGUAUUUUGUAACAUUAUUCUUACAAACUUUCGAGCAAAACUCCUACAUUUGUGUUUUGUUCCUGUUGAGAAUCCGAACCCACCGAUCUAGGACACUGGGAAUGUGCUCCGAGUUGUAUGGACAAGAUCGACCGCAGUAGUGAGACAGGGACAAUGUUUA